CCGUGACGUCACGGUGAUAUCGGGAAUUCCUCUCCCCGUGGAGCUUCGUGUGACGGCGCAGCUGAGCUCCACACGGCGCUGGGAUGAAGCGGCACGCAUUGAAUACACGUGAGGCGUCAACUUUACCGUGGUUCCUGCUGCCCGUGUGUUUAUCUGAGACUCUGCUCCGCCGCCGACACCGCCGAACAACAACAGCAACAGCGGCGAACAGACGCCAAGUUUUAGGUUGAAUGACACAACUUAGCAGAGGGGCACCAUGGUCAGCUGCAUCUUCAUCAACAUUUCCUGCUCAUAAACACACAGACCUGAGACCUGUGCUGCUGCUGCUACUGCUGCUGAGAACCGACACAGGCCGACUCAAACAGCGCCUGCCAUGUUCCCUGAUGCCCUAGAAGCAGCCGGGCGGGUGGAGGGUCUGCCACUGUCCUCCCCACGACCGCUGCCAGAGCUGGAGGAGGAAGAGGAAGCAGAUACAUCGCCUGAGAGGGAGCCAAAGAAACGAGGACGCUACCGACAGAGCCUGCAGCUUUUAAAGCCCUUCAGGAUAACUCACAAGCACCAGCACCCAGUCGAUAAUGCUGGCCUCUUCUCUUUUAUGACUCUGCACUGGCUGUCCCCACUGGCAAUGAAGGCCUACAAGGCGUCCAGCUUGUCUAUAGAUGAUGUGUGGGGACUGUCUUGUCACGAAGCGUCUGAAAUCAACUGCCAAAGGCUUGAAUUUUUGUGGCACGACGAGCUGAAGUGCCAAGGUCGGGAGGGGGCAUCCCUGACAAGAGUCUUCUGGAGGUUCUGCCAAACUCGCAUGCUAGUGGCCGUUUUUUCCCUCCUCAUCACAAUGGUUGCAGGCUUUGUGGGGCCCGCACUCCUAGUUCGAGCUUUGCUGGAGUAUUCCCAGAGUUUAGAGACCAGCAGGCCAUAUGGCCUGUCUCUGGUAGGCGGAAUCUUCCUAAUGGAACUGAUCCGCUCCUGGUCUCUGGCACUCAUGUGGGCCGUCAACUACCGCACUGCAGCUCGCCUUCGUGGGGCAGCUCUCACUUUUGCCUUCCAAAAAAUCCUCCGCCUGCGCAGCACUAAAGACAUCGGUCUUGGCGAGUUAAUCAACAUCUGCUCCAGUGACGGUCAGCGUCUUUUUGAAGCUGUGACGAUGGGCUGCCUGCUGGCCGGGGGGCCCAUAGUGGGACUACUGGGUCUGUCCUACACUGCAUACUUCUUGGGCCCCACUGCUCUGGUGGGGUCUGUUAUUUUCAUCAUCUUCUAUCCUACCAUGAUGCUUGCAUCAAGGCUGACGGCGUAUUUCCGCAAGAAGUGUGUGGUAGUGACUGACCGGCGCGUGAGGCUGAUGAACGAGAUCUUGAGCUGCAUAAAGUUCAUCAAGAUGUAUUGCUGGGAAGAAGCCUUUGCACACAACAUUCUCAAGGUGCGAUCUGAAGAGAGGGGGAUACUGGAGCGAGCUGGAGUCAUCCAGAGCCUCACAGUGGGGGUUGCUCCCAUCGUCGUGGUUAUAGCGAGUGUGUGCACUUUCACCCUACACAUGGCCUUAGGCUAUGACCUCACUGCAGCUGAGGCUUUUACUGUGGUUGCAGUUUUCAACUCCAUGACCUUUGCCUUGAAAGUCACACCGCUGGCGGUAAGGGCCCUGUCAGAAGGCGCUGUAGCGGUCAAAAGAUUUCAGCGGCUCUUCAUGAUGGAUGACAGAGAGGUCAUUUUGGCCAAAAUGGAGGAUCCCAGCAAUGCAGUAGAAUUUCGAGACGCCACGCUGGCCUGGGAAAAGGCGCGUGCUCCACCUCCAAAACCUCCCCCGAAGAAGCAAGGAGGGAUGAAGCGUGUGCUACGCAGGGAGAAGCUCAGCCUGUACAUUUCCACUGAGGAUGGAAAAGGAAACAAGGAGGGUCCUAAUGCACAAAGUCUCCUCACAAACAUGGAGCAGGAGAGUCCACAAAGUACCAUCUCCUCGACACAAAGCAUACGACCUCCACUGCAAAAGACCCUGCACCGCGUUAACUUGAGCAUCAAGAGGGGUUCGCUGGUCGGGAUCUGUGGAGGUGUCGGGAGUGGAAAGAGCUCCCUUCUCUCUGCCCUGCUGGGACAGAUGACGCUGUUAGAGGGCAAUGUUGCUGUGAGCGGUGGGUUUGCUUAUGUGUCACAACAAGCCUGGAUCCUCAAUGACUCCCUCAAGGAGAACAUUCUUUUUGGAAACGAGUAUGACCAACACAAGUAUUAUGCUGUCCUGGAAGCAUGUUGCCUCUUCCAAGAUCUUGACGAGCUACCGUAUGGAGACAUGACUGAGAUUGGAGAGAGAGGUGCAAGCCUGAGUGGCGGGCAGCGUCAAAGAGUGAGCCUGGCUCGUGCCCUCUACAGUGAACAUCCCAUACUUCUCCUGGAUGACCCUCUCAGCGCCAUCGAUGCUUGUGUGGGUUCCCAUGUCUUCUAUAACGCUAUCAAGGGUACAGCCAAAGGCAAGACUGUGCUCUUUGUAACCCACCAGCUGCAGUAUCUGUCAGACUGUGAUGAUGUAAUUCUGAUGAAGGACGGGCAGAUUGCUGAGCAUGGCACCCAUGCGCAGCUGAUGGCUAAAGAGCGUGACUAUGCUUCCCUAUUUAGCAGCGUGCAACAGGAGGACCUGGUGAGAGAGAAUUUAAAGAACAAACAGCAGAAGACAGGUGCAGAUGAAGCUGACAGGGUUGUUGAUGUUGCCAAGGUUAGACCAGAGGUGGAGAGCAAGGCAGGAGAGAAACUGAUGAAAGCAGAAGAGAAAGGCUCCGGGGCAGUUGCCUGGUCUGUGUAUGGCGCCUACAUCAAAGCAGCUGGAGGUUCAAUCAUCUUCAUCAUCAACAUCAUCUUCUUCCUCUCCACCACGGGCAGUAUAGCCUUCAGUAACUGGUGGUUGAGCCAUUGGAUCAGACAGGGCGAUGGGAACACAUCAUUAAUCUUGGCGAAUGAAACAAUGGUGAGCAACAGCAUGAGACUCAACCCUCACAUUCGGUACUACUCAACUGUUUACGUCGUCUCCAUGGGAGCUGCUUUAUUGCUGAAGACGGUGAGAGGGCUGGUGUUUGUGAAGUGCACGGUGAAGGCUGCAUCCACUCUCCAUGACAAGCUGUUCCGCAGACUCCUCCUCAGCCCCAUGCACUUCUUUGAUACAACACCACUGGGUCGUAUCUUGACCCGCUUCUCCAGGGACAUGGAUGAAGUGGAUGUUCGCCUGACCAUGCAAGCUGAAAUGCUGCUGCAGAACUUGACCCUGGUGUUGUUUUGCUUGGGAAUGGUGGGCAUCGUCUUCCCCUGGUUCCUGAUCUCCAUCCUACCGCUAGGAAUUUUCCUCUGCAUCGUAAACCGUGUGUCCAGGGUCCUGAUUCGUGAGCUGAAGCGCCUGGAGAACAUCAGCCAAUCACCAUUUACCUCUCACAUCACCAGCAGUCUUCAGGGACUCUCCACCAUCCACGCAUAUGGAAGAGGGCAUGACUUCCUCCAGAGAUAUCAGGAGUUAUUGGACACAAACCAGGCAUCCAACUACCUCUUCAGUUGUGCAAUGCGCUGGCUGGCUGUCCGCCUGGACAUCAUCAGCAUCUUCCUUAUCACUAUUGUAGCUCUUUUUAUUGUCUUCAUGCACAAUCAGAUACCUCCAGCCUACGCAGGACUCGCCAUAUCAUACGUAGUGCAGCUGACUGGCUUGUUUCAAUUUACGGUGCGGCUCCUCUCGGAGAUUGAAGCUCGCUUUACAUCAGUUGAGCGGAUCAAUCAUUAUAUAAAGUGUCUUGAGUGUGAAGCACCCCGACAGAGUCCUGAGGCAGACCGUCCUGCCCCCUCCUGGCCUCAGCAGGGAAAAAUUACCUUUCAGAAUGUGGAGAUGCGUUAUCGCGAUGAUCUGCCGCUGGUGCUUAAGAACCUGUCAUUCACCGUCUUCCCAGAAGAGACCAUUGGCAUUGUGGGCCGUACGGGAUCAGGAAAGUCCUCUCUGGGUGUAGCUCUCUUCAGACUGGUGGAGUUGGUGGGAGGCUCUAUUGUAAUUGACGGGAUCAAUAUUGCACAGAUUGGUCUGGACAACCUGCGAAGCAAGCUAGCCAUCAUUCCUCAAGAGCCUGUGCUCUUCAUUGGCACCAUCAGGACCAAUUUGGACCCAUGGGAUGAAUACUCUGAUUCUCAGAUAUGGGAAGCUCUUGAGAAGACACAUAUUAAAGAGAUGGUCAGUCAGCUGCCUCACUCCCUCCACUCAGAGGUGAUAGAGAAUGGAGAGAACUUCUCAGUGGGAGAGCGACAGCUGCUCUGUGUGGCCAGAGCACUGCUGAGAAACAGCAAGGUUCUUAUGAUGGACGAGGCGACGGCAGCCAUCGACACUGAGACGGAUCGUCUCAUCCAGGAGACCAUUCGCUGUGAGUUUGGCAACUGCACCACUCUCAUCAUCGCCCAUCGUCUCAACACGGUGAUGAGCUGCAGCAGGAUCAUGGUCCUUGACAACGGCCAGAUUUUGGAGUUUGACAGUCCUGCUGUCUUGUUGGCAGACGAAAACUCAACGUUCAGAUCCAUGAUCGAAGCAUCAGAAAACCAAAGCAGAUAAAAGGUGCAUGAGCUGGACUUUGGAUUGGAGUUCUACCACCAAAAAAAAAAAAAAAAACAUUCAGAGGAAAAGAAUAAUCUGAAUUGCACAGGAAAAGAAACAAUCGUUUUCUCCAGACAAGACCCAGGGACCACAUUUGUAAAAGAUUCAUUAACUCUAUGCAAAGAAGAACAUAAAAGCUUCCUUUUCUUUGCAACCAUGUCACGAGUGAUUUUCAGGAGGUGAAAUAAUUGAAACGGAGUGAUAACUCUGAUAAUAGCACUUUAUUUUUCUUGUGGGCACAUUGACGAACGUACGAUGCUUCCUUUUCCUUUGAAAGUUGGCAAAUCUGUGAGAUUUCAGUCAUUUUAUUUCUGUAAACACGACCUCACAGUGCUUGAACUAACUGUUAAGGAGAUAAUGGUAUGAAUCAGAUUAAUAUUUCAAGGUACUUAAUAGCGUUGUUGAUGUGAUUUAUUGAACCUAGUGGUUAGUAUUUAUUACUCAGUACAUUAUAUAUUACAAAAAAAAAGUCAACCUCACCUGCAAGGCACUGUCUGAAAUGUUUAAUGAAUCUAGUUGAAUGUCAUAAUGCAGUAAUUUCAGUAAUUUGCUGCAGAUUCAGAUGUGUGCCUUUAGCUUUUUCAGGCUUUAUGCAAGUACUGUUUUUUUGAAAGGAGUUUAAAAACUCUAAAUCCAAAUGCUGGAGUUUAAAAUCUGCACAUUUUAUACUUGUCGUACACUUGUAUUUUUUUUUGUCUAUCACCAAAGUAAUGCUACUGGUGUUGAGCAAAGGUUUGUUAUUCAACUAUGAUUUAGCUUCCAAACUAUUUUGGAAGAGUUGUACAAACUGAAACUGGUGAAUAACCAGGAUCGGGUUGUGUCUUCAAAUGUUUUCACAAAGUUGAGGGUUAUAAACUUCUGCCUUAUAAUCAAAGAUGUGCUGAACAAUCGUAAAGAGUGCAAUAUCGCUUCAUUGCAUUAAUGCAGUUUCAAGGUUGCCUUUGUACACUUGGGAUUGUUGUAUUGCACAUAUAUAUAUAUAUAUAUUGUUUUGUAUGUUUGAUUGUAUUUCA